AUGAUCAACGGAAAGGAUAUCUAUGAUGUUCUUGCGGCACUUGUGCCGUCGUAUGUCACUAUGAUAUUAGCCUAUGGCUCUGUCCGGUGGUGGAAAAUUUUCACGCCGGACCAAUGCUCCGGCAUCAAUCGUUUUGUCGCGGUCUUUGCCAUUCCAUUUCUUUCCUUCAAACUCAUUUCGUCCAAUAACCCCUACACCAUGAACUAUCAGUUUAUUGCUGCUGACUCUCUCCAAAAAGUAGUCAUUCUCGGAUCCCUCUUUGUUUGGAAAACCAUCAGCAAGAAUGGUCGCCUUGAUUGGAUGAUUACUCUCUUUUCUGUGUCUACUCUCCCAAACACACUAAUCAUGGGCAUCCCUCUCCUCAAUGCCAUGUAUGGUGAUUUCUCAGCCUCUCUGAUGAUUCAAAUUGUGGUAUUUCAGGGCGUAGUCUGGUAUACUCUAUUGCUCUUUAUGUUUGAAUAUAGAGGAGCAAAGGUUCUCAUCAGUGAGCAUUUCCCCGGCAAGACUGCAGGCUCCAUUGCUUCCUUUCAAGUUGAUUCUGAUGUUGUUUCUUUUGAUGGUCGUGAGCCCUUACAAACUGAUGCUGAGAUCAGUGAUGACGGUAAGCUUCAUGUCGUGGUGAGGAAAUCAUCUGCAUCUUCCAUGGCUCCACGAGCAUCUAACCUCACUGGUGUAGAGAUAUAUUCAGAAAAAUCCUUCCGAGAGCUGACAACAAGGGCUCCAAGCUUCAACCAAGCAGAUUUUUCCUUGCAUGGACAUGCAAAUGGCCCCCAAGUUGGCGCUUUUGAUGAUACUUUUUCAUUGCCAUCUUCGAAAGGAGUGACGCCGAGAACUUCUUUGAAUUUUGAAGAGGAGAUGUUGAAAAUUGGGAAGAGAAGGAAGGAGGAUGCAAUGCACAUGUUUGCUUGGAGCUCAGCUGCAUCAUCUCCUAUUAACUACGGAGCUGCCACGUCCACUGACUUUGGGCUCGUAAAUGAUAUUUCCGAGGCUGCCAUUAAGGUGGAAACAGCUUCUUCCACAGGUAUGGAUGAUGAAGGAGAUGGCGAAAAGCAGAAGCAAAUGCCUCCAGCAAGUGUCAUGACCAAGCUCAUUCUCGUCAUGGUUUGGAGGAAGCUCAUAAGAAACCCUAACACAUACUCAAGUCUUUUAGGCAUCGCAUGGUCUCUAAUAUCUCCAAGGUGGCACAUCAAAAUGCCGUCUAUUGUGAGUGGAUCCAUAUGGAUAAUAUCUGAUACUGGUCUUGGAAUGUCUAUGUUUGGUCUAGGGUUAUUCAUGGCCUUACAGCCAAAGAUCGUUGCUUGUGGAAAAUCUGUAGCAAUGUUUUCGAUGGCUGUUCGGUUCCUGGUCGGCCCAGCGGUGAUGGCUGCAACCUCUUUAGCCUUGGGUAUUCGCGGGGUUCUUUUGCAUGUCGCAAUUGUUCAGGCUGCCCUUCCCCAAGCGAUCGUUUCCUUUGUAUUUGCCAAGGAAUACAAUGUCCAUGCAGACAUACUUAGCACUUCGGUUACCAUUGGAAUGCUGAUUGCUUUGCCCAUAGCGAUACUCUACUAUGUGCUUCUGGGGCUUUGA